GGGAGCCACGUACGCAUCCGUCACCGCUCCGUAACUCGCUAGCGGCGUUCUCGUUCCUGGCCCCAUCUCGAUCCUGUUUCGAGAAGAGAGAUGGCCACCCGCCAGCGUUUGAUGCGCGGCAUUGCCGGCCUGCUGCAUCAGCAGGGCCAGCAGUCGUCCUGCAGUCAGCUGCUCAUGACCAGCGCGGCCGCGGCGUCUGCUUCGGCGUCAUCGGUAGCGACUGGUCCCAGCCAUCAGCCGGCGCUUCUCCUUCGCGCGGGUUCUGCGCUUCGCGGUGUCACCACUAGCGCGCCCACAUUCAACGGCAGCCUCAGCAGCCUGCUGCGUGAGGAGGUGGACUAUGAGAGGAAGAACUACGAGCGGCCGGCGCAGAUAUCGGGUGGGCCUCCGGCGCCCUUCAAGCUGACGGAGGCGCCCGGCGACACGCUGCUGACGCUGACGCGCACCUUUGGCGCCGAGGAGAUCAACGUGGAUCUGCACGUCAACAGCCAGCCCUCCCCCGAGUACGACGGCGAAGAUGGGGACGAGGGCAUCAGCGUGGUGGCCUUCAACGUGUCGGUGGCCAAGGGCGAUCGCGUAUUGCUGUUUGAGUGCGAGAGCGACGGCAACUCGGUCAACAUCAACCAUGUCAGCCUGGAGCCCAAGGAGGGCCUGGGCAGCGAGAGCAUGUACUCGGGGCCCGUGUUUGAUGAGCUGGAUGACAACCUGCAGGGCCAGUUCGGCAAGUAUCUGGAGGACCGCGGCAUCACUGCGGAGCUGGGGGAGUACCUGCGCUUCCUCAUCUACGACAAGGAGCAGCGCGAGUACCAGAACUGGCUGUCGGAGGUGGAGGCGUUUGUGGGGGGCAAGUAGAUGGUUUGCUGGUGGUAGGGCCGAGAGGGUGCGGUGCCGUGUCAAUGGGGCGCGUGACGGGGAAUACCUAGGGGGCAAGUGGUUGUGGCGUGGUGUGCACAGCGGACAGAAGGGUAGGGAGGGUAGGGCGGUACUGGGCAUGGGGCGGUGGACCAGGAGGUAGGCAGGAUAUGGGCGCGUUGUUGCUGCUUGGGUUUUCACGGGCAGAGCAGCUUGCUAGUAUGGGCUGCAACCAGGGAGAUCAGUAAAGCUGCAGGAUGUGCCGGCAAUGGAGGCAAUUUUGCGGCUCGCUCGGCGCAAUGUGCGACCCCAGGCCUCGAAGGGCUCAUGACAGUUCACUGAACCCGGACAGUGACGCUGGCGCCAGAUGCGGCUGGGCCUAGAUAGGCUUAUUUGUAGCGGGCGUUGAUGGUUGGCCUGCUUGAGUGUGCUGGUGUGAGCAGCGAGUGGGCAUUCGGACACUGGCCUAUGUGGUGCCCGUUGAUGUGUGUGUGGUGGACAGCAGACCCUCAGGGACGACAAAGCUGAGGUCAUGAUGUAUUCGCUGCAUAGCCGACAGGCGUACAUACAUGGUCAGGAGUAAACCAGCUCCGGAAACGUCGGCAUGGGCGUACGGCAUGGACGCACGGCAUGGACGUACGGCAUUGCCGCACCACUACUACCAACGCCGGUCCACCACCUCCCACCCACCUACCCACCCACAGCAUU